GUGUAGUACAAAAUGCCAACCAUUGUCACCUUAAUCUUUCUGCUUUUAAGCAUUGCAAUUAUUGUUACUAUAACUCUUGUUCAGGUGAAUCGGGAACAGAUCCUUUCUCCGGGUCUAAAGUAUGGAAUAGUGCUUGAUGCUGGUUCAUCUCGGACAACAGUCUAUGUAUAUGAAUGGCCAGCAGAAAAAGAAAAUAAUACUGGAGUAGUAAGUCAAACCUUCAAGUGUGAUGUGAAAGGUCCUGGAAUAUCCAGCUAUGGCAGUAACCCUCAAGAAAUUUCUAUGCCCAUCAACAAUUGUAUGAAUAAAGUAAAGGAGAAAAUUCCUUUUCAUUUGCACAAAAGUGUACCUGUCUACUUGGGAGCCACAGCUGGUAUGAGACUUCUGAGGUUGCAAAAUGAAUCAGCAGCCAAUGAAGUGCUUCAGAACAUUCAGACUUAUUUCAUGUCACAGCCCUUUGAAUUUAAGGGUGCUCAAAUCAUAACUGGUCAAGAGGAAGGAGUAUAUGGAUGGAUUACAGCCAACUAUUUAAAAGGCAAUUUCUUGGAGAAAAACCUUUGGAGUCCCUGGGUCCAUCCCCAUGGAGUUGAGACUAUAGGUGCACUGGAUCUAGGAGGGGCUUCCACUCAGAUAUCAUUUAUCCCUGAGGAAACCAUACAUACCCUCAACAGUACACUACAGGUGCAGCUGUUUGGUUAUCAAUACAGUGUGUACACCUACAGCUUCCAAUGUUAUGGGAGAGAUGAAGCGGAGAAAAAACUGCUAGCUUCAAUUCUGCAGGAUUCAAAUAAUAAAUCCUGGAUAAAAAAUCCAUGCUAUCCUCAGAGUUAUAGAACUGUUCUGACAAUGAAACAUUUAUAUGGAAGCCUUUGCACAGCAUUUCUAAAACCAGUGAACUACAGUCCAAGCCAGUAUGUAGACAUCAUAGGAACAGGGGAUCCAGUCUUUUGCAGGGAGGCAGUGUCAACGUUAUUUGAUUUCAAAUCUUGUAGAGAUAGAGAAGACUGUUCAUUCAAUGGAAUCUACCGGCCAAAAGUUAAAGGGAAUUUCGUGGCCUUUUCUGGAUUUUACUACACAGUCAAUGCUCUGAAUUUAACUGGACAAUUUUCACUGGCUGAGUUCAAUUCUAGUAUGUGGACUUUCUGUUCACAGGAUUGGAAUCAGUUGCCAUUUAUGCUCUCUAAAUUUGAGGAAACAUAUGCAAGAUCUUACUGCUUUUCAGCAAACUAUAUCUACCAUUUACUUGUACAUGGCUAUAAGUUCAAUGCUGACAACUGGCCUCAGAUUCAUUUUCAAAAAGAAGUUGAUAACAGCAGCAUUGCCUGGUCACUGGGCUAUAUGCUUAGCCUCACCAAUAUGAUCCCAGCAGAAAGCAAUAGGAUUUGGUUACCUAUGAAUCCUUCUCUGUUUGCUGGAUUGCUACUCUUCUUCACAGCAGUGGCAUUACUGUGUCUGAUUUUCCUGGUGUAUUCAUAUGUUCGGUCUCACAUGCAAAAGAACACUUGUCAAGUUGAACAUGUGUUUGCCAUAGAAUAAAAUAAGUUCAAAAAAGAGACCAGAACUUUCACUAAUUAUGUAAAAAGCACGGGGGGAGACCCACAGUACCUAUAAGAAAGAAUCACAUUAUGAGGACCUCAAUCUAUUUUAGUCUCAUCUAGAACAUUGAUGGAGUUCAGGAUUUAAUUGUAUAUAUGCAGAUAUAAAAAUAAUAAAUCAAGCAGUCCUAAUAUGCAAGGGACAAAGGACUAUCAGAAGGAGAUAGUUUUAAUUUACCCAAUAACUAAAUAGCCUUUACCCCUUUUGAUGGGAGGGGGAAAAUCACCUAAAGUAAAUUAGUCAGGCUUGUUUGUAUUUCUGAUCAGGAUGAUUAAAGAAUAAUUUGAGAAAUGACCUUUUACAAAAUUCAUGAAGUGGGAAUUGGUAAUUCACUAUAGUAAUUAAUGAUAAGAUUAUAAUAUGAAAUGCAAAAAACUAAUUUCAUAUAUGCAAAAGGAAUGUGACAAGAAUCAAAGUACAUAGUUAUUAGAAAAAUAUGUUCCAACUUUACUGGAAAAAUAAUUCCUACAUAUUUAGAUUCAUUGGGAAGGAAAGAUUCACAAUCGGGAAACAGCUUAAAAAAUGAUAGAGUUCUAGUAUCUCUAAAAUAUUGUUGCCAACUGAUUGAUGUGCCAGUGAUAGAAUUCAUGCAUUAUGUUUGCAUGAAGUCAAUAAACUCAGUACAAAAUCUCCUCUCUAAUGCAAGGCAUACAAUGUUCAAUGUUCCCAACCCAUCAGUUUGAUUGCAAGUCUGAAACACUCAGGUAGUCUCCCAAAUCUUUCC